AAAAUUUCUUCUGCAUGGGCUCUCCUCUGGCUGUUUUCUUGGCAUUAAGAGGGAUCCGGCCUGGAAACAACAGUGCGCAGGACCACAUCCUUCCCACUUCUAUCUGCAAACGCCUCUUCAACAUAUUCCAUCCCACAGACCCUGUGGCAUACAGAUUGGAGCCUCUUAUCUUAAAGCACUACAGUAACAUUGCACCUGUUCAAAUCCACUGGUAUAACACCACCAGCCCGACACCGUACGAUCAGAUCCGGCCCACGUUGCUCAACCUCCCAAAGGAGACCACAUCUGUCUCAGAUUCAGAGAGCAUCCCCAGCCCCUGCACAUCUCCCCCACAGGCCCGACGGCACUACGGGGAGUCCAUCACCAGCCUGGGCAAGGCCAGCAUCAUGGGUAAGAACACAUGGAGGGUUGUGGUUGCAUGGAUGACCAAUUUAAGAAAUAAACAAAAAGCAGGGAACCUGCUAUGGAUGUGAAAGACAUUCAGUCACUGUGUACCUGAUCUGAGCUGAGAGAAACUGGAGCCGCCUGCACUGCUCAUACUGUAGCAAGGCAAGCAUGGUCCAAACCAAUCAAUACAACCAAUUAGCUCCUGUCUCACAGCGUGAUGUUACUCUUCCUUUAUGCAUCAACUGCAGAGUGGAGACUAAAAGCACAUUAUAGACAGAUGUUUUUUAUAUAAAACAUCUGUUUUGCUCAGUCCACCAGCCACGCCAUCAGUAGAUAUUGAGAUACUGUUCCUUAUUACUACUAAAUAUGUCCUCUUUAUUGAGCUCUUACUCCACAAAUCAGACAAAUAUGAAAUAAGAU